AUGGAAAUUCAAGCACAUCUGAUGCAUCACAACCCGUACGAUAUAGUGAAAGCCGAAGAGCCGUCAACACCGCCAAAGACGAAGACAACACGUGAGUUUCACUUAAAGCGUGGUUCAGCGUUUCCUGAGGUUCGAUCGGCGUCAUAUGUGUGCCCGUCGACAGAUAUGCUCUUCAGUGUAUCAAAUUUCAACAUUCAGUCGAAUUUCUGCCCACCUGUCAACAAUAACCAUGAUCCAUUGAACAAUAAUCAUACGAAAAUCAGUUCAAAUGGCAGAACUCUAGCGGCAGAUCGUAAACGGCCUUAUCCUUGCAAUUUGUGCACAUCUAGGUUUGGCAGCAAAAUGGAACUGGAGGAGCAUCAAAAUAGUCACACCGGCAUGAAACCAUUUGAAUGCGAUGUAAGCCUAACCUCCAUUAGUUACUUUGGUCCAAUGUUCCGCGCAGAAAAGAAUUUAAGCGUAUUUGACAUAUGUGUGGAUAAAUUUAUGAAUACAGGUUUUGGUCACGCCUUAAAAUUCAUUCCAAUCAUUCCACUUAGAAUUCACCAAAAAUCUUUUUAAAU